AUGGCAAAGGAGGAGCCGGAGCAAUGCAGCCCAUCCUUCCAGUCGCGACUGGCAGAGUGGAGCGAGCAAUGUCUUAGAUUUCAAUCCUCUGGCGAGACGUGGGUGCCCACGAAGCCAUGCUGCCCGGCGAACCCCGUCUUGGGGCUAGAAGCUUUUCUCUGGCAAGGGGAGAAGAAGCACCAGGCGAGAGCUUGCGUAGAACUCCUCAGCAUAGAGGAGCUACUUACGCUGCAUCGUCACUUUUUAGCGACUGAGAACCGGCAGCACGCCCAGCCUGCUUCGGGCGUGGUUUCGCCCAGCCUGGUUUGUCUGCAGGUCCGGCCUUGGGCGGGAGAGAGCCCGCAGAAGCUCCCCGCGACCGAUCGGACCGGAUCUGACGAGGCAUCCGCAGCGAAUCCUUCCGGCUUGAAGCAAAGCCCCAUCUUGUCGAAAGCUUCCGGCUCCGCUUUGACAGAGUUGAGCCCGGCUAAGAGAAACCCGGACAGCCCCUCCACCAAGAAGAGGAUCAACGAGGUGGCCAAGGCCGAGAAGCUGAAACGGAAGCCCCAGAAAGCGAAGGGAGUGGGUUAUUGUUCACGCUCGUGGUCCUGGCGUGUUUCUGUGUGGGACCCCACCACCAAAACAUCGAAAUCCGGGGGCUACUUCCCGGUGAAAAAGGAUGCCUUGGCCCAGGCUCGCGAGCUGGCAAAGAAAUUCGAGCGGAGGCCCGGCUCCGAUGUCAAGGGCGUCUACUGGUACAGCAACGGUUGGCGCGUGCGCAUCUAUGAUGCGGCCACCCAGAAGGUCAAAUACGGAGGCUCUUUCAAGGUCAAGAAGGAAGCGGAGGCCAGGGCUAAAGAACUGGCCAAAGAGGCCUGCCGCCACAGCAAGAAAAAGCAGUCCCGCAAGCACUGA